UCUUUCAGAUUACGAUUGGGAUUCUGAGUAAUUUCACACAUGUGUGUUGAUUUUCUUCUAAUUACGCGAGAUUCGUAAGUGAUAUCAUCGAAAAUGUCUUCAGAAACGAUAGAAGCGGGUGAUCGCCCAUUAUUUCGACCCCUUGACGCUGACGAUCCCGAUCCAGAGGCAACUGUAAUCGACUCUCUUUGCAUGAAUUGUCACGAGCAAGGAGUUACGAGACUACUUUUGACUGUCAUUCCGUUCUACAAGGAAGUCGUUAUCAUGUCUUUCGCCUGCGAACAUUGCGGUUACGAAAACAAUCAGAUCCAACCCGGGGGUAAAAUCCAAGCAAAAGGCACAAAAAUCCACUUGAAAGUCACGACGGAACGAGAUUUGUGUCGAAAAGUCGUAAAAUCGGAUUAUUCCUCGGUUCGCAUCGAAGAACUUGACUUUGAGACGCCUGCUGGCUCCCAACGUGGCGAAGUCACAACAGUCGAGGGAAUUAUCGAACGUGCCAUUACUGGUUUGAGCCAAGAUCAGGUACUGCGGCGGAUACAACAUCCCGAGGCAGCUGCCCAAAUUGACGCUUUCAUCGAAAAAUUGGAAAAACUCAAAGAAAUGAAGGAGCCUUUUAACUUAAUUCUCACCGAUGCUUCCGGAAAUUGCUUUAUCGAGAACUUUCUCGCGCCAAGUAGUGAUCCCAACAUGAAAAUCACGCAUUUUGAGCGGAAUAAGGAGCAAAAUGAGAUGUUGGGACUCUUUGUGCAGGACUGUCGACCUCCUGAAGAACGAGAAAAUGUCAAACAGGAACAAGGCGAAGCGGAAAAUGUACUGAAAAUGAUCCCAGAAGGCAGUUUUCCACUCGAAGACUUUAACAAAGAAGUGAUGCAAUUUAAAACUGACUGUCCCGAUUGCGGCGUCGAAUGCGAAACGAACAUGAAACUCACAAAAAUCCCGCAUUUCAAGGAAGUUGUCAUCAUGGCAACAAAUUGUGAGAAUUGCGGGCAUCGAACGAACGAGGUAAAGUCCAGCGGAGGUAUCGCCGAGAAAGGUGUUCGAAUUGAAGUGUCGGUAAAGACUCGCGAAGAUUUUUCCCGUGAUUUGCUCAAAUCGGAAUACUGUUCGUUGCAUCUCAGUGAGCUGGAUUGCGAUAUUGGACCGCAUGCGUUAUGCGGGCGUUUUACGACAGUCGAGGGAUUGUUAAUGGCCAUCAAGGAACAACUUUUGGAGCAAUCCGGGAUGUUCUAUGACUCCCAAGAUACCGAUCAAAAGGACAAAAUGAAGGCUUUUUUCGAUAAACUCGAUGACGUGCUGCAAUGCAAACUACCAGUUACCCUCGUACUUGACGAUCCAACGGGAAAUAGUUACAUCCAAUCACUCACGGAUGACGUGAAAGACGAUCCGGGACUAAAAAUCACGCAAUAUACCCGAACACACGCACAAAACGAGGAAUUAGGCCUAAAUGACAUGGUUACCGAAGGAUAUCAGGAGUUGUUGGAGGAAGAUGAAGAAAAUGAGGAAAAUAGCUGAUUCAUAUGGAUCUUCCUCGGAAUCUUCAUUAUGCUCUUUUACUUGAAAUGGCUCUUUUGAGACGCUCGUGGAAUAUAUUAAAUGUGUACUGUUCAAAGUUAAACAAUAAAAUUGAUAAAAAUUUCAA